AUGCCUUCUCAAAUUCCACAAUGGCGAGAGCCAAUUGCCAUUGUGAGCAUGGCUUGUCGUCUCCCAGGUGGAAUCGACAAGCCGCUUGAUCUGUGGGACCAUGUCCGAGCAGGCCGGUCGUCUGCUACGGCGAUACCCAAAGAUCGAUUCAAUGCUGAGAACUUCUUGUCUAUGGAUCCUAAUCAGAAGGGGGAGCAGGCCUUUAGGGGCGCUCACUUCGUCAAGAGGGACAUUAAGCAGUUUGAUCAUAAGUUCUUUGGGAUCAGCAAAGACACUGCAACAGCUAUGGAUCCCCAGCAGAAACAGCUCCUUGAGGUUGUCUAUGAGUGUCUCGAGUCAGCCAAUAUCUCUAUGGAGACAAUCUCAAAGUCCAAGAUUGGCUGCUAUUGCGCCAUGUUCGUGAGUGACUACCACGACAUGCUCAUGCAAGACCCUGAAUACCUUCCAACCUUCAUCGCCAUUGGAACAACGCGAACCAUGCUUGCAAACCGCAUCAGUCAUGCACUCGACCUCGGUGGACCCAGUGUCACUAUUGAUACUGCCUGUUCGGGUGCCCUGGUGGCCCUUCAUCUUGCCUGCCAAGCACUGCAGGCUGGUGAGUGUGACGGCGCAGUGAUUGGUGCAUCGAAUUUGUUCCUGAGUCCUGACUAUGCAUUAUCUUUGACGCGCCUCGGAGCUAUUGCGGCGGAUGGGCAGUGUAAGACGUUUGAUGCUAGUGCAAAUGGAUAUGGACGUGGUGAGGGUACCAAUGCAGUCUAUGUCAAGAGGCUCAGCGAUGCUCUCAGAGAUGGUGACAGUAUUCGAGCAGUUAUCAGGGGUACAUCAUCUAACAGUUCUGGUGCUACUCCAGCCAUCACGGAGCCCUCAGGGCGGGCUCAGGCAGACACCAUCUUGCAGGCCUAUGCCCAAGCAGGAAUCAAUGACUUUAGCGAGACGGGGUACUUUGAGUGUCAUGGAACAGGUACUCCCGUCGGUGAUUGCAUAGAACUAGGCGCCGUUGGUUCGGUCUUUUCCGAAAGCCACAAAACCCAGGAUGCACUCUGGGUUGGCUCUACAAAACCUAAUGUCGGACAUUCAGAGGCUGCCAGUGGUUUGAGCAGUCUCAUCAAAGUGGUCUUGGCUCUAGAAAAGGGCGAGAUCCCUCCCAACACAAACUACAAGACACCCAACCCCAAGAUUGACUUUGAUGGAUGGAGAGUCCGUGUUCCAACCGCUCCGCAGCCAUGGCCUUCCAAGUCCAUCCGCCGGGCGAGCGUAAACUCCCUCGGUAUAGGUGGAUCUACUGCCCAUGCUGUUGUUGAGUUCUACGAGCCUCCUCAAUUGACCAAUGGUACAACCAAUGGUACAAAUGGAGUCAAUGGCGUUAACGGUACGAACGGAGUCAACGGGCAUCACGAAGAUGGGGAGAAGACCAACGGCCCGUACUUCCUCCUCUUCACAUCUGGCGCUUCAAAGAGCUCUCGAGAAACCAACGAGCAGAAUCUCCUCGAGUUCCUGAAGUCUCAUGAGGAGUGUAAGAGUCUGACUAGCCCUCUCGUCAAAGCGCUCAACGCUCGAAGCCAGAUCAAUAUCCGGCCCUGGAAGUCAUUUGCUGUCGCUCAGUCCGUUGACGAUCUAAUGCAACAACUGGAAACCAAUGCACUCAAGGUUGGAACAGGCCCUACAAGUGGCGGAUCCCCACGAGUCUUGUUCACAUUUACAGGCCAAGGAGCUAUGUGGUCGCAGAUGGGCAAGCGUCUUCUUGAUGCAUUCCCUGUGGCGCGCAACAACAAGCUCACUGCUGAGCUUUCUCAAGAAGAAAUUGACUCACCAGCUCUCGCGCAUCCCCUCUCCAUGGCGGUUCAGAUCGCGCUGACAGACGUUCUCUCAAGCUGGGGCGUCCUUCCAGACGGUGUCGUUGGACACUCAGGCGGAGAGACAGCAGCCGCCUAUGCUUGUGGUGCCCUCACAGCCAAGGAAGCUAUCACAGUGGCUUACUACCGAGGUAUCGCCUGUCAGAACGCUCCACCGGGUGCCAUGCUAGCCACCAGGAGCGCACCCAACGCUAAGGUGCUGCAAGAUGCGUUGGAGCGAAACGAUGUGCAGAUUGCUUGCUUCAACGGUCCUCAGAACCUUACCCUUGCUGGAUCUGCUGAGGGAGUCAAGAACGUGGCUGCUGAGCUGAGUGAUCAUAACAUUGUCUCAAGAGCUGUUGCAGUUACUCGAGCUUAUCACACUCGCGCCAUGAAGACUGUUGUGGAUGAGUACGUUGGUCAGCUCAAGGGCGUCAUACAACCCAAGGCUGGACGAGUUCCUAUGUACUCAUCUGUGACUGGCCUUGAGCUCAAGGGUACUGAGGCUGACGCCGACUACUGGGGAGCCAACCUCGUCUCCCCAGUUCUUUACACCGAUGCAGUCACCCUGGCUUUGACCUCAUCAGACCGCAAGUUUGAUCUUUGCGUUGAACUCGGACCUCACUCUCUACUCUCUCGCCCAACAUCCGAGAUAGUCAAGUCCCUUCCUGAUUCACCCCAACUUCCAUUCUUCGCCACAAUGCUCCGAAACGCAGACUCGAGCCAACAGCUUAUGAGCCUAGCUGGAGACUUGGUUCUCAAUGGGAAGCAGCUGGACUUGGAUCAAGUCAACAAGGUCGCGGGCAAGGUUGGACGUCUUCCCAAUCACAUUCAAGACAACCUUCCAGCUUAUGCGUGGGACUAUUCCUCGACACCUUGGACCGAGCCACGAAAUAGUCAAGAAUGGCGGUUUAGAAAAUCGCCGCGACAUGAGAUUUUAGGAUCGCGAUGCAGAGGAGUCAAUCCUUCAGCUCCGACUUGGAGGAACAAGGUGUCGAUUGAAGAUGCACCUUGGCUUGUUGAUCAUCAGGUCAACGGCAUCGUGACAUUCUCCUUCACAACCGGCAUCGCAAUGGUGGUCGAGGCCAUGAUGCAGGUACAGGAAGAGAACAAGGAGAUUGAUUGGACAAACCAUUCAUUCGAGCUUCAAGACUUUGUGUUUUCCAACUCGAUCAUUCUUCCUGAUGAAUCGCACAUCGAUCUCUUCCUCACACUCAUCCCAGACAACGACAAUGCGAAGUCUGAGGAGACGUGGUAUGAUUUUACCAUCUCGUCGCUGAGAGGCGAUGUCGAUAUCCGUCAUUGCCACGGUAGAGCUGCGGUCCUCGAAACGCGCAAAGAUACUGUCGCCCUCCGCCGCAGAACCUCUUGGCAUCACAUGCCCCUCAAAGUCCCACUGAAGAGCUACUACAAGACUCUUGAGCGAGUUGGCUACGGCUACGGCCCCAAGUUCCAGCUUCUCAAUGAAGUCCGAGUCCGCCCUAGUCUCUCCGCUUGCUCUGCCAAGAUUGACAUGACAUCCACUGCUCAAUCUCCCGUUCCCGGCCAGCGAUAUCUCCUGCACCCCGCUAUGAUGGAUGCAGCGCUCCAAACACCUGCUUUGGCCAAUCGCUCCGGGCACUUUCAAGAGAUUGAUACACUACUUCUUCCAUCCAAGAUGAAGAGAAUCUCCAUUCGCAUGCCUGCUGGGAACACGGACGUAGCGUCUUGUACUACCAACACUUCGCCUAUUGGCUUUAGCAGGAUUCAAGGCAGUGUUGAGUGCUACGACUCGUUAUCGAGGCCUUUCUUCGUGGUAGAGGGUCUGCAGAUGGAUAGAGCGACAAGCGAUGACAACACCACUCUUCCCUGGCUGAGGCUCACGUGGAAGCCUGACAUUGGCGACAUCUCGAGCAGUGACCCCAUGCUCAGCUCCAUCAAGAUCCAGAGCCUUCCCGCAGAGAAGAAGCUCAUCAACCUCGAGAACCUAGUCAAGGAGCUCAUCCCACUCAUCGUUGAGAAUGGCAUCGACAAGGGCAAGGACCUACCCUCCCAUCUACUCAGCUACCAUUCAUGGUUCCUCGACCAAGCCGAACUCCACAAAGACCGCCUAGCAGCUCGCCACAAGCAACAAAACGGCUUCGCAACAGUCCAAGACGCCAUAAUGAACGUCGUCACAAACUCGGGAAUCUCCCAAACCGUCGACGCAUCAAUAGUAUCCCAACUCGCCAUCAACAUGUCCAAAAUCUUCCGUGGCGACGUCGAAGCCCUAGCAGUAUGGCUCGAGAACGAUUUACUCUACCGUUUCUACGAAGAGAGUAUCUUCACCACCAGCAUGAACCAAAAACUCCUCUCCGUCGCUGAACUUUUGGCGCACAAGAAUCCCAACAUGAAGAUCUUGGAGAUUGGUGCUGGAACUGGUGGUGCGACUACAGAGUUGCUGCGUGGUUUUGCCAAAGCGGGAGGGAAGAAUGCGUAUCAGAGUUUUACGUUUACGGAUAUCUCGGCGGGGUUCUUUGACAAGGCGAAGAAGAAGUUUGCGCAGUGGGAUAGGAUUGAGUUCAAGACUUUGGAUGUUGAGAAGGAUAUUGCUGAGCAGGGGUUUACUGAGAAGUAUGACCUUGUUGUUGCGGCGAAUGUUCUGCAUGCCACUGCCGAUCUGCCAUUUGCGAUGAAGAACAUCCGAUCUCUAUUGCGGGACGAUGGAUACCUCUUGGUUGGUGAACUGUCAGAGGAUCUGACUUCAGCCAACUUCCUCUGGGGCCCUUUGACUGGCUGGUGGCUCCGCCCUCGAUCACCCGGCCGCUCUGGUCCUGGUCUUACUCUCGACGAGUGGCGCAACGAGCUCGCCGCCGACUUCGACAGCGUCUACGAGAUUGAGGCCAAGCACGACAAGACCGGCACGGACCAACUCUCGAGCACCAUCGUCAUGAUGGCUCGAGCAAAGCCCAUUGAGUAUACUCCUCCUAAGCCGCUUUCCGAAGAGAGGGUACAUAUCGCUGGCGUGGGUAGCGAUCUGUCCACUCGAGACCACCUUCAGAAGUAUCUCGGCACGCGUGGUAUUUCCUCAACCUCAGGUGUUCUCGAAGACCUUGCUUCGCGGGAAUGGUCCGGCGAGUGGCUUAUCCUCGUUGACGAGACUGAAGGAAGUUUCCUCGCCUCUCUCCAACAGGAGCAAUUGACCGCAAUGAAGUCGUGGCUUACAAAGCCUAUCAAGUGUAUCUGGGUCACUCGCAAAGUAUACCUCGACCCCCAGAACACAACAGGAGGUCUAGUAACAGGUUUCGCACGAACUCUUCGCGGCGAAAAUAGCCAAUGCCGAUUGUACACUCUUGACCUGAGCAGCGAUGGCGAUAUCACAGCCAACAUCAUCUACCACGUCUUGGAACGGGCGCAUUACUCUCAUGAUGACCCAAUCUCUAAAUUGGACUAUGAGAUUGCUGAGAAGGAUGGACAGCUGUGGACCUGCCGGCUUGUUAAUGAUACUCCGCUUGAGAAUGCUUAUGGCCCUGCUAGGAAGAUGGAUGCCUCCUCCACGCAGCUGGUGAAGGCUCCUCAUCACUUGUUCAUGGGAGAGGUUGGUAUCUUGGAGAGUCUGACCAUGGCCCAAGACGAUGCGUACUCAAGCAUUCCAGACGGACAUGUUCUCGUCGAUGUCAAGGCUGUCGGACUUGACGAACGGGACGGGCAUAUCGCACAGGGAUCACUUCCAGCGACGUCGUUCGGCCGUGAGUGUUCCGGCGUCGUUACCAAGUGCGGUGCCAAUGUCGCCUCGCUUAGCCCUGGAGAUCGCGUCGCGGUCAUCGGCCAAGGGACUUUCACAACCCAGUACUUGGCACCGUCAGACUGUUGCGGGAAGAUACCAGACUGGCUUUCAUUCGAGGAUGCGGCAGCCAUUCCUACAAACUUCGUCACUGCUCUGUACGCUCUGACAACACCAGCCAGAGUAACAACAGGCCAGAAAAUCCUCAUCAUCAACGCAUCUUCCCCCCAAGGCAUCGCCCUCAUCAAAACCGCAACAGCACUCAAACUCGACGUCUAUGCCGCCAUCAGCGACGCAACCACGAAGCCUAUCCUCACCAGACUCGGUCUUCAUUCUGCCAAGAUCUUUGUGAACCCCACCAACUCGAGCCGCUCCAGCGUGUCUCGCUCCACGACUUUCUCAGCGUAUAAGAUUGUAUUGAACACUAAGGCUGGUCAAUAUACGGACUUUGCGCACUUGGUUGCGAACCGUGGAACGUACAUUGAGAUUGCAUCGGGUGAGAGCUCGGUUGAUGAGGUUUUUGUGCCGUAUAAGAAUGUUAUGUUUGCGUCUGUUGAUUUGGCGGAUGCUUAUCUGGAAAGCAAGCAGGAUCUUGGAGAAUUGCUUGACCAAGUCAUCGACAUGGUUGAGAAGCGAGAGAUUGAUAUUGACAGUUCAGUCUCGGUGAAGGGACUUGACUCUAUACAGUCGGCUUUUGCUGCAGUGAUAGAAGGAACUCAGAGCAAACAGGUUGUGUCGCUCACGAAUGUCGACGAUCAACAAUUGAUCAAGACACGACCAAAGACUUCUCGCUUCAACCCCCACAAGACCUACAUCAUCACAGGUGGUCUCGGUGGUCUAGGCCGCGCUAUUUCCGUAUGGAUGGCUAGCUACGGCGCUCGCCACAUCAUUCUGGCAACCAGCUCUGUCGCCCGAGCCUCAGAGUCCGGCGAUCUUCUCCAGCAGCUAUCAUCAUAUGGAUGUAAUGCCAGAGUUGAAGUAUGUGACGUUGGUGACUCCGAAGCUGUCGAGAGCCUUAUUGCUUCUAUUGAUACUCCUAUUGGUGGAGUCAUUCACUCUGCGCUGAAGCUUAGCGACUGCUUCUUUGAGGAUAUCACCCUAGAAGACUUUGAUGCUGUCUUUGGUCCCAAGGUCAACGGCUCGCUGAACCUUCACAACAGCCUUCUCAACCAAGACCUCGACUUCUUCGUCAUGCUCAGUUCAGGCUGCGGUGUCCUUGGUAACGAAGGUCAAUCCAACUACGCAGCAAGCAGUACCUUCCUCGACACCUUUGCUCGCUACCGUCAAAGUCUUGGCCUCCCCGCCUCAUCCAUUGAUCUCGGAUUCGUCGAAGACGUCGGUAACAUCAGCGAACGUCCCGAGAUCCAAGCAUCCCUCUUAUCCCGCGGUCUCAGACCCAUUACAGUCCGCGAUGUCCUCCGCGUUGUCGAGGGUGCCAUCGCAACAGGUUCACCCAAGGAUCUCAUCAGCGACUCUACCUACGAUGGUUUCACCCAAAGCCAGAUCGUUCUCAGCUUCGGCAUGAUCGACAAAGCCACAGCAGACUACCAAUCCUGGGCUCAAGACUCCAAGUUCGGCCUUUUGCGAUCUCGCGCCGUUGAUAACGCUGCCCUUGACUCUGAUGCUGAUAGUGGCGAGAGCGCAGUUCAAACAGCUGUCAAGGCUUUCCGCAAUACUCUGGGUAGAUUGGGUGAUGCACCUGAAGGCAAAGAAGCAGCGUUACAGCCUUUUGUUUGCACUGCUCUUGUUGCUAAGUUGGCUCAAGUACUGUCGAUCAAGGUUGGCGAUAUCCAGCCUUCGAGAUCGGCGAUUCAAUAUGGGAUGGACUCGCUUAUUGCGAUUGAGGUUCGAUCUUGGGCGCGAUAUGCGUUCCAGAUUGAUUUGCCAAUUAAUGAUUUGACGAACCCGUAUAGUAUUCAGGAUUUGUCGGCUAGGGUUUCCAAAAUGAUCGUUGCAUGA